AUGAGCUUUAUGCCUCACUAUACGGCUGGCCAUGGGCCGCCACCCCAAGAUAUCAGCACAACCUUCUUUGCUCGCGACGAAAACAACCUUGGUCCCUGGUGGCGACUACCCGAAGAGUUGCAACAGAUAGUGCUGCGGUUUUUGGGCGAACACCAGCUCUACCGCGAGACCGGCAACGCUGCCCACUGGUUCCUUCUGGACUAUACUCACUGCACAGCCCCGACAGGGAACAACCGUGCACGAAAUCUGUUCGUCCGGGACCGCAAGACAUGGCUCCCGGAGCAUCUGACCAGCUUCAUGCGCUUCCGCCCGAUGGAGCAGCCCAACGUGAGAGACCAACCUGGUGACAAUCGAGUCUACUGGAACCAGGCGGAGCAGUUCGUCCCGUGGGGCAGAUCUACUCGGUACUUUGGUCGGGACAACCCAUCCAUGUCCCGCAGGCGGCGCAACCUCUUCCGGACCCGCAUUCCGGGCCACGCGCGGGCGCUCAGAGGCAUCAUCCGAGACGCUUCGGGCACCAACCGCCCCUUUAUCUUCUCGCAGCUGCCGAGGCACAUGCAGGUCGACCACUUUACGUGGUACUCAAAGACGCCGAGAGGUCUGAUAAACUGUCUGAAACCUUCUGCCCCGGCCGAAGACCCGAUCCCGCAAGAUGGCUUCAGCUACAUGAUCAUCGACUCGGCCGAGGACCUCGUCAUCAUCCAGAACAAGCGGCCGAAUCUGGUACCGCUGCCGGACCCAAGAUUUGUAGAAGACGCCGUCCCGCUGUUGGACCACUACCUGGUCAGCAGUGUGUACAAGCAGUUCCAGCACCAGAGGCAGAUCGGCUACGAGGUCAACCUGGCCGGGGGAGAACAGACACCCUACGAAGACCCGAACAGCCCAGAUUUCGGGGAAGACCCGGACUGGUAUCCGCUGUUCUGGUCCGUCGUGCACUUCCCGCGCCUCGAGACCGUGUGGCUGGUCAACUACAACCUGGUGCUAAAGCGCGGGAGGAGGCCCCGCCUCGCGGACCGGCGGUUCCAGGCCCGCGGCUUGGACUUUUACGAGGUCCACCGGCCGACCUGGCGAGACGAGGGCGUGUGGGACGACUGCAUGAACUUUAUGAAGCUGGCGGAAAAGUUCGAGACCAAGAUGCUGACUCACUGGCAGGCGUGGUGCCACACGCGGCUGAAGGAUGAAGGCGGGGCGGAGCGCGCCUACGACGGCGAAGACCCGCCCUUGACCCUCGGCACAGACACCGACUCCAACGGAGACCCGAAGCCAGAUGUACCACCCUACCAGAUGGUUACGGAUUUCUGGGAUCGUCGCAGGGUUUACGAGCCCGAGUACUGGGAGAGGCUGGCUCCGGCCGGGCCGACUCCGAGGAUAAGAGUCGGGGUGCUGGCUGUGUUUAAACAUGGCUCGGUGGAUGACGACUGCAGUGGUGAUGAUGUAGAAGAUGUGUCACGUCGUGAACGGCUGGGUUGGAGGGAUGCGGAUGAAGAUUAUUACAAGGAGCGAUUGGAUGCAGAUGGCGAUGAUCCUAUGGAGGGUUAG